AUGGCAUCAGUCUCUAGUCAGCAACAGUUCCGUUACACCCAGCCACCAUCGAAGGUGCUUCAUUUGAGAAACUUGCCGUGGGAAUGCACUGAGGAGGAACUGAUUGAACUUGGGAAGCCAUUUGGAAAAGUUGUGAACACAAAAUGCAAUGUUGGGUCAAAUCGAAAUCAAGCUUUCAUUGAAUUUACAGAUUUGAAUCAAGCCAUUGCGAUGAUAUCAUACUAUGCCUCAUCCUCGGAGCCUGCACAAGUGCGAGGGAAAACUGUAUAUCUGCAAUAUUCCAAUAGGCAAGAAAUAGUGCAUAACAAAACUGCUGCAGAUGUUGCUGGAAAUGUUUUGUUAGUAACAAUUGAGGGUGAAGAUGCACACCUUGUCAGCAUUGACGUCUUGCACUUGGUGUUUUCAGCCUUUGGUUUUGUGCAUAAGAUUACUACUUUUGAGAAGACAGCAGGAUUCCAGGCACUGAUUCAAUUCUCAGAUGCAGAGACCGCUACUUCUGCAAAGGAUGCUUUGGAUGGAAGAAGCAUACCCAGGUAUCUGCUUUCUGAACAGGUGGGGCCAUGUACCCUCAAGAUCACAUACUCUGGUCAUACAGACUUAACUGUUAAGUUUCAAAGCCACAGGAGCAGAGACUAUACUAAUCCUUACCUUCCUGUUGCUCAAUCAGCUAUUGAGGGAGGUGGACAGGUCAUGGUUGGUUUGGAUGGGAAAAGACUGGAGGCUGAGAGUAAUGUUCUUCUUGCAUCUAUUGAGAACAUGCAAUAUGCUGUAACAUUGGAUGUCUUACACACGGUUUUCUCUACUUUUGGACCUAUUCAAAAAAUUGCAAUGUUUGAUAAGAACGGUGCUUUACAGGCUCUGAUUCAAUAUCCAGAUACCCAGACAGCUGUUGUAGCCAAAGAAGCCUUGGAAGGGCACUGCAUUUACGAUGGAGGUUUUUGCAAGCUCCACCUCUCAUAUUCACGUCAUACGGAUCUUAGCAUAAAGGUCAAUAAUGAUAGGAGUAGAGACUAUACCGUUCCUAUUACACCUGUUGUGAACCUUCAGCCCUCAAUUUUAGGGCAACCUGUUCCUAUGGUGGGUGCUCCUGCUCAGCAAUACAAUGGGUCUCAGUAUACUCCAGUUUCUGACCCAGCUAUGACACCUCAGCCACAAGCAGGAUGGGGAGCAGCUCCACCGGCAGUUGCUCAAUCUAUGCCACUGCAGAUGUACAACAAUGUUUACAUGCCACCUGGAAACAUGCCACCACAAAUGUCACCUGGAAACAUGCCACCACAAAUGCCACCUGGAAUGCAAUUUCCAAAUCAUAGCAUGCUGCAACCAACAUCCACACUACCUGCAUAUGGGUUUGAUCGCACUCAAUAG